AUGGGUCUCGAGCUGUACAUGGACCUGCUGUCGGCGCCCUGCCGUGCCGUUUACAUCUUUGCACGGAAGAACAGCAUUCCCUUUGACUUCCAGUUUGUGGAUCUGUUGAAAGGUCACCACCACAGCAAGGAGUACAUCGAGAUAAAUCCCCUGAGGAAGCUGCCCAGCCUCAAAGAUGGAAAAUUUAUCUUAUCUGAAAGUGUAGCCAUCCUCUCUUACCUGUGCCGAAAGUACAGUGCACCCUCACACUGGUACCCGCCAGACCUGCACACGCGUGCCCGUGUAGAUGAAUUCAUGGCCUGGCAACACACAGCCAUCCAGCUGCCCAUGAACAAGAUACUCUGGAUCAAGUUGCUGAUCCCAAUGAUCACGGGAGAAGAGGUAUCCGCUGAGAAGACAGAGAAGAUCCUGGAAGAAGUGAAGAUCAAUCUUCAGCUCUUUGAGGAGAAGUUUCUUCAGGACAGAAUGUUCAUCACAGGAGACCACGUCUCCCUGGCCGACCUGGUGGCCCUGGUGGAGAUGAUGCAGCCCAUGGGAGGCAACUAUAACGUCUUCCUCAGCAGCCCAAAGCUGGCUGAGUGGCGCAUGCGAGUGGAGUUGACUCUUGGCUCUGGCCUAUUCUGGGAGGCCCAUGACCGUCUGGUGAAAUUGGCAGAUUGGGACUGUUCAACAUUGGAUCCGGGGGUCAAAGAAAGGAUCUGUGAGUUUCUGCAGAAGUACAAAUGA